CGGCUUUCAGCGCCUGUGCGCUGCGGCACAGAAGGGCACCGAGCCCGAGCCCCCCGGCCUUUGCGUGGAGAGGGCCCGCGGAAAUCCCUGUCUGGGCUGGCCGCCGCCGUGCCGCCGCAAAAUGAGGUUCCUCCCCGGCCGGACGCAGGGGGCCAUAUUCAGAGCCGCCCCGCAAGGCGGGCAGGACUUUCUUGCCCUCCUUUCCCUGUCUCCGGUCCGGUGUCUGUGCCGGUGCCGGGGAGGAGGCAGCGCGGCUGCCAUUGUCCCCGCGGCGGCAGCGAGCGGAGCACCGGCGGCUGCACAGCAGCGCCCGGAGGCCACUCAGCCGGGCCUCCCCCACCCCGAGGCCCGGACGCUGCCGCCGAGCCCGCGGACAGAGGGGAGUGACUUGAGCCUCCCCCCGCCUCCUCCCCGUCCAGCCCUCUGCUGGGUAAAAGGGGAGGAGGAGGGCGAGUGGUGGGAGGGUCUCCAUUGAAAUAAACAAGCAGGCAGUUAUUAAAACGGGAACAUGGCGGCCGCAACCCUAGCUCCAGCUCCGGCUUACAAUGCGAAGGUCAGCGCCGGCAGCAGCCGCGGCGGCAACGGCGGGAUUCGGCACUGACCCCCGCCUGUUUGAAAUGUGUCUGAGCAGCGAGGCCCCCUGCAUGCGCAGCCCCUAGGAACCGUCGCCCGCCUCGCCGCGUCUCGUUGCUGAUAUGUGUUCAAGAUGAGUGGGAUGGGAGAAAAUACCCCCGAUCCAUCCAGAGCGGAGUCAAGAAAGCGCAAAGAUCCCGAUCAGCUUGGACCCAGCCCCAAGAGAAGCACUGAGAAACGCAAUCGUGAGCAAGAGAAUAAGUACAUAGAAGAGCUUGCAGAGCUGAUUUUUGCAAAUUUUAAUGAUAUUGACAACUUUAACUUUAAACCUGACAAAUGUGCAAUCUUGAAAGAAACUGUGAAGCAAAUUCGUCAGAUCAAAGAACAAGAAAAAGCAGCAGCUAAUGAAGAUGAAGUGCAAAAAGCAGAUGUGUCAUCUACAGGUCAGAGCGUCAUCGACAAGGAUGCACUUGGACCAAUGAUGCUUGAGGCUCUAGAUGGAUUCUUCUUCGUAGUGAACCCCGAAGGCAACGUGGUGUUUGUGUCUGAGAACGUGACGCAGUACCUGAGGUACAACCAGGAGGAGCUGAUGAACACGAGCAUCUACAGCAUCCUGCAUGUGGGGGACCACAACGAGUUUGUCAAAAUCCUGCUGCCAAAGUCCUUAGUGAAUGGAGGAUCCUGGUCUGGAGACGCUCCCAGGCGGAACAGCCACACCUUCAACUGCCGCAUGCUGGUGAAGCCCCUCACUGACUCUGAGGAGGGCCAUGACAGCCAGGAAGCACACCAGAAAUACGAAACUAUGCAGUGCUUUGCGGUUUCUCAACCAAAUUCCUUCAAGGAGGACGGGGAAGAUUUGCAGUCUUGCUUGAUUUGUGUUGCAAGAAGAGCUCCAAUGAAGGAAAGACCACUUCUGCCUUCAUCAGAGAGCUUCACUACUCGCCAGGAUCUGCAAGGCAAAAUAACUUCCCUGGACACAAGUACCAUGCGAGCAGCCAUGAAGCCUGGCUGGGAGGAUUUGGUGAGAAGGUGCAUUCAGAGGUUCCAUUCACAGCACGAGGGAGAACUCUCUUUUGCCAAGAGGCAUCACCAGGAAGUGCUGCGGCAGGGGCUGGCCUUCAGCCCCAUGUAUCGCUUCUCGCUGUCCGACGGCACCAUCGUCUCUGCCCAGACCAAGAGCAAGCUCAUCCGCUCCCAGACCACCAGCGAGCCCCAGCUCGUCAUCUCCCUGCACAUGCUUCACAGAGAACAGAAUGUCUGUGGAAUGAAUCAGGAUUUGACUGGACAAGGAAUGGGGAAGAUACUGAACCCAAUUAGCUCCAGCAGCCCUGCCCAUCAGGCCAUGUGCAGUGGGAACCCAGGUCAGGAUAUGACCAUCAGUAGCAAUAUAAAUUUUGCCAUAAAUGGCCCAAAGGAACAAAUGGGAAUGCCAGCGGGCAGGUUUGGUGGGUCAGGGGGAAUCAACCAUGUGUCGAGCAUACAAGCAUCCACUCCUCAGGGUAGUAACUAUGCACUAAAAAUGAACAGCCCCUCACAGAACAGCCCUGGCAUGACCCCAGGGCAGCCAAACUCGAUGCUUUCCCCAAGGCAUCGUGUGAGCCCUGGAGUGGCAGGAAGCCCCCGAGUCCCACCCAGCCAGUUCUCCCCCGCCGGGAGCCUGCAUUCGCCGGUGGGAGUCUGCAGCAGCACAGGAAACAGCCAUAACUACACCAACAGCUCCCUGAAUGCGCUCCAGGCCCUCAGCGAGGGCCACGGUGUUGCCCUGGGGUCCUCGUUGGCUUCACCUGACCUAAAAAUGGGAAACGUACAAAAUUCCCCUGUGAACAUGAAUCCUCCCCAGCUGAGCAAGAUGGGCAGCCUGGACUCUAAAGACUGUUUUGGGCUGUAUGGGGAGCAGCCGGAGGGUAGCGCUGGGCCGGCGGAGGGCAGCUGCCAUUCAGGAGAGCAGAAGGAUGCUGGCGACAGCAGCGUGGCGCCGGCGGCAAGUGGUGAGAGGCCUGAUGGACAGAACAAACUGCACGAUGGAAAAAGCCAGACAAAGCUCUUGCAACUGCUGACCACCAAAUCGGAUCAGAUGGAGCCUUCACCUUUGGCCAGCACCAUGGCAGACGUUAGCAAGGACUCCACAGGAGGCUUGCCUGGGUCUGGUUCGGCACACGGAACCUCACUCAAGGAGAAGCAUAAAAUUUUGCACAGACUCUUGCAGGACAGCAGCUCUCCUGUGGACCUGGCCAAGCUCACGGCAGAGGCCACGGGCAAAGAGCUGAGCCAGGAGUCCAGCAGCACAGCUCCUGGUUCGGAGGUGACUGUCAAACAGGAGCCAGCCAGUCCUAAGAAGAAUAAUAAUGCACUACUCCGCUACUUGCUAGAUAAAGAUGAUACUAAAGAUGUUGGCUUACCAGACAUGCCCCCCAAGCUGGAGCGGCUGGACAGCAAGACAGAGCCGUCUGCCAGCACAAAGCUGAUGGCUAUGAGGACAGAAAAGGAGGAGAUGAGCUUUGAGCCCAACGAACAGCCUGGCAGUGAGCUGGAUAACCUAGAGGAGAUCCUGGAUGACCUGCAGAACAGCCAGCUGCCCCAGCUCUUCCCAGACAGCCGCCCCGGCGUGCCCGCGGGCUCGGUCGACAAGCAAGCCAUCAUCAACGACCUCAUGCAGCUCACCAGUGACAGCAGCCCCGGCACGGCUGUGGCCACCCAGAAACCAGCAAUGAGGAUUUCACAGAGCACUUUUAAUAACCCACGAGCAGGGCAACUGGGCAGGUUGCUGCCAAACCAGAACUUGCCACUUGAUGUCACACUGCAGACCCCAGCAGGCGCAGGAACCUUCCCGCCCAUCCGAGCCAGCAGCCCCUACUCAGCGAUCCCUCAGCCAGGGCUGAUGGGCAGGACUGAAGGGAUGAUGGGAGGCCAAGGAGCUCUGGGCAGCAGCAACACAGGAAUGAUGGGUGGCAGUACCCCUCGGCCCACCAUGGCCUCUGGAGACUGGGGCGGCCCAGCCCCUGCUGCGAGGGUGAGCUGCGCACCCGCAGCCAGCGCCAUGAGCCGCCCAGCACAGGCGGGCAUCAUCCGCACCCCCACCGCCAGCGUCCCCCUGCGUGCCAGCGCCCAGCCCACGCCCAGGCAGAUGCUGCCAGCCCAGGUCAUGGGCAUGGGGCCAUCUGAGCUGGAGAUGAACGUGGGAGGACCUCAGUACAGCCAGCAGCAGGCGCCUCCCAACCAGACUGCGCCGUGGCCAGACAGCAUCUUGCCCAUAGACCAGGCAACCUUUGGUAACCAGAACAGGCAACCCUUUGGCAGCUCACCAGAUGAUCUCUUGUGCAAUCAUCCUUCAUCAGAGUCACCAAGUGAUGAGGGUGCUCUCCUGGAUCAGCUUUACAUGGCACUAAGGAAUUUUGAUGGCUUAGAAGAAAUUGACAGGGCUCUAGGAAUACCAGAACUAGUCAGCCAGAGCCAGGCCGUGGACCCAGAGAGCUUCCCCAGCCAGGACUCCAGCCUGCUGAUGGAGCAGAAGGCGCCAGUGUUCUCCCAGCAGUACCCAGCCCAGGCCCCCAUGGCACAGGGCAGCUACGGGCCCAUGCCCGACCCUGGCUUCCAUGCCAUGGGGCAGCGCCCGGGCUACGCAGCAGCCCUGCGCAUGCAGCCCCGGCCCGGCCUGCGGCCCGCGGGCAUCGUCCAGAGCCAGCCCAACCAGCUGCGGCUGCAGCUGCAGCACCGGCUCCAGGCACAGCAGAAUCGACAGCCAUUGAUCAACCAGAUCAGCAGUGUCUCCAACAUGAACCUGUCUCUGAGACCUGGAGUGCCAGCACAGGGCCCCAUCAACGCGCAGAUGCUGGCGCAGCGGCAGCGAGAGAUCCUCAGCCAGCACCUGCGGCAGCGGCAGAUGCAGCAGCAGCAGCAGCAGGUGCAGCAGCGGACGUUGAUGAUGCGCGGGCAGGGCCUCAGCAUGACCCCCAGCAUGGUGACAGCAGGGGCCAUCCCGGCCACCAUGAGCAACUCGCGCAUCCCGCAGGCCAACGCGCAGCAGUUCCCCUUUCCUCCGAACUACGGUAUUAGUCAACAGCCUGAUCCAGGCUUCACAGGGGCCACCACUCCUCAGAGCCCACUGAUGUCCCCACGACUGGCUCACACUCAGAGCCCCAUGAUCCAGCAGUCUCAGGCUAACCCUGCUUAUCAGUCCUCUACAGAGAUGAAUGGGUGGGCACAAGGGAAUAUGGGUGGAAGCAGCAUGUUUUCACAACAGUCCCCACCGCAUUUUGGGCAGCAAGCAAGCACCAGCAUGUACAAUAAUAACAUGAACAUCAGUGUAUCCAUGGCAACCAACACAAGUGGUAUGAACAACAUGAACCAGAUGACAGGGCAGAUCAGCAUGACCUCAGCGACCUCUGUGCCUACAUCAGGGUUGUCCUCCAUGGGUCCUGAGCAGGUGAGUGACCCUGCUCUGAGGGGAGGCAGCCUGUUCCCAAACCAGCUGCCUGGCAUGGACAUCAUCAAGCAGGAUGGAGACACAGCACGGAAAUACUGCUGACCCUGAGGGCACAUUAGUUGCUCCUUUCCGCAGCUGCCCGGGCUCCUGGCCCCAGACCCUCACCGGCGUGAAGAGCUGCGUCUGUCUGCCGUGACCCAGCCGAGCCGCAGGCAGGGCCGGUCCCUGGUCCCGGUCCCUGGUCCCCACUCCCCAAGGGGAGCACGAGGGCAGCCGCGGCCCAAGCAGCCUGCCCCCGACAGUCUGGAGCUGGCGCACAGACAGAGGCUCAGUCUGUUCACUGCAUUCACCUUAGUGCAACUUAGAUCUUCUGCGAAGUAAAUGUUGACAGGCAGUUGUCAUAAACCAUGUCAGAUUGAAUGUAUUUAAAUGUCGUAUUUAAGGAAAAACAACCAUGCUCUUGUUCUCCUUCUCUUUAGUUCUAGACCUUGGGGGUUUUUUGCUUUGUUUUCCCUGGCUUACUCAGUCUGGUGCAAAGGAUUCUGUUCUGACUGCAAACUGGUGUUCAGACUAAAGCCUGCAUUGGGGCCUGGGGGCAACACCUGGAGCACAGAGAGACCUCCAGCGAGCACCUCCUCACAACAGCAAGUCAGAGAAGAUGAGCCAGUGCGGAAAGUGCUGCAGAGCAGUUGUGACUGGGCUGGAAGUUGUAAAGAGGUGGCAGUGACCCUGAGAGGGCUGCGGGGAAAGGGCAUCCAGGGGAGGUUUGGUGAUGACGUUUGUAAUGCAAGUCAUGAGCCCAGAAGUACAAGCUGGUUCCCUUCGCAUCUGAUUAAAUUCCUAACGAUUGGCAAAUCCUGGGGUUUAUUUCUCCCACCUGUGUCACCUUCCUUCUCUUUCUGAUAGUCAAAACCAGGAUACCCUCUUACUUCCCCAGUGUUUCCAGCAGUUGGCUGGCCAUUUCUGGGUGCUGCAGGCCGAUGACAGUGCCUGUGCUGACUGCAGUGGUGGCAGGAUUGGUGCACAGCAUCACAGAGCUCAAGACACCUGCUCAAGGCAUGAGCAUUGCUGCCUCGCGUCCCCGUAGCUGGGCAAGCAGCAGUCCCUGUGACACCUGCAGCAGAUACACCACAGGCACCACCACUCUCCUGUGUUUCUGGUUAUGUUAAAGCAGUGUGGACUACGAGGAGGUUUUGUAAGGUACCUAAAAUCCAGUUUAUAUGUAAACAAGCAAUAAUUUAAGUUGAAAAGUACGUGUUUUACUGUAUAUUUUUUGUGAGAUACAUUGUUGUGAAGUUGAAUCCAGAUGAGGUACUUCAGUAUUAAAUUAGAUAUCUUCUUAGCUGUGCGUGUCUCCUGGAGAAGUGUUUUGUAAAGGAUCACAAUGCCUUGAUUAGACCUAAGUCGUAGGCUUGAGACUUCUCAUUUUCUAAACCUUGUGAUUCUGCUCUUACUGUCAUUUACCUAACCUGUGUGAUAUGCAGCCACUGUAGGAACCAGUCCUUGGGUUUUGUAUGUUUAUAGCCUUUCCUACAGACCUUAGCAAAGCCACUGCUGGGCCUGGGCUGGCUUUUCUUGCCCACUGUGGUUAGAACAACCUUUGAACCUUCUGCUAAACCAACGUCAGUUUCUGAGGACUUGGAAGACUAAGAAAUUGAUGGGUUUGACCUCUGUUUUCUUUCUGCUGGCCCCCAAUUCCAACUCGAGCACAGAUUUUGGAUGUCCUGGAAAACGUGGUGCAUUUCACAGCAUCUCACUGUGCCUCCCGGGAGGGGAGGGUCUGCUCUGUUGGUUUGGUUUGCAGGUAGGAGUUCAGGUAGGACAGCAGCUCUGCUGUGUGAAGGCUGAGGGAAGGAUGGUAAAGGUGGUUUGGAAGAGGCUGUGUAGGAAACCCAGGAGAUGGAGUCGUUUGUGCCCAAGGAGGGCAGAGCCACUGUAGUUCUCAGCUGCCACCACUCUGUUACCAAACAGAAUCGCUCAGCUGAGCCAUCUCUUGUCCAUUGAUGGGAAACCAGAGUGGCUCUGCCCUCCACAGCCUCGGUGCCGCAGUGAUGUUUGCAUUCUAGAGCUGCCAAGAGAGAUGUCUGCUUGAGGGAAUUUGCUCUGUGAACUGCAAAGUGUAAAGGAAUUUCUAAAUCAUUGUGCUCCUGUCCCUUUGCUUUUUGGUUCCUAACCAUAACCUCUGUAGCCAGAUGAUUCUUUGUCACAGGGGACAGAGUAGCUUAGAUGUGUCCCACCUCACGACAGACCUGCAGGCCCUGGUCACCUGUAGGUUGUGGCUUCUCACCCAUGGCUGCUCUGAGGCAGGAGAUUGUUCCAACCCCCCGUGGCUCGGCUGGGCUCACAGCGUGGCUUUAGUCGUCCUACAGCCAAGGAGAGGAAGAGGGAGUGAAGGAAUCUUCUGAUCAUAUUGAUCACUCCAGAAACAAAGCCAAAUCAGUUCCCUUCGUUGUCAGUAUUUUUCAUCCUGUGUACAGUGAAUCAGUUGGAGGAAGCAGUUGGAGCUCAUUGGCCAGAGCAGUUCCUCAGUGUUCUACUUGCAUUAAAAUGUGAAAGGUGCGUAUGUGAGCCGAGGCCUCUAGGCAGGGGCAGGGCCUGGGAGCCUCUGCGCCGUGCUGGGGUGGAAGUGCAGUGAGCUGUGCUGCAACAGGGAUUUGUACUGGACCUUUCCACUCUCGUCCCACGCUGGAUCCCUUUGGGCUGUCCCGAGGAGCGGCGACGUCUCUGCAGUGUAUACCACACGCUAUUGUAGCCGUUGUUUACAGCGGAGUUCCCAUGGGCUGGACAGAUGAAAAGGGUGGCACAGCUCCACUUGCAGAACCCAAAGAUACACAAUCAGUUUUGAAAUGCAACUUAAGCCAUUAAUUGUUGGUGUGAAUUUAAAAGUUUUCUAGUAUUUGUAUGGUAGUUUGCUGCCUAAGAGCAAAAGCAUUCUCUGCACAACAGAAAAUUUACUGUAGUGGCUUUGAUUUUAAUUAGAACUUUCUCCCUGUUGUUUCUUUGUAGACUGAAACAAACUCUUUUAAGUUUCUUACUACAGGUAAAAGCUAUGUGCAAGAACCUCAAAAUGCUAAAAUCUAGCAUAAUGCCUUAGAUCUGUUUUUAAGUCUUGUAUAUUCCUACAUAGCUGUCCAAUGUAUUAUAUUUGUAUAGUGACUUGUGUACAAUUCUGGGCUCGGCGCAUCCUUGCUUCCCCUCCCGGGUGGCCGAGGGAGGCAGUGGACACCUUUCUGCAAACAGUUACUGUCAGCUAAUUAUUUUUUUGUUCCCUUACAUCAUUUGUGGGUUUUAUUUGUACAGUUCCUCAUGAAGUUGCAUCUGAGAUGUGUGUAUAUGAAAAGAUUAUACAAGGGUAAAAUUAAGCAAUAUAUAAACUAUGGUUCUUCAGGAGAAAGCUGAAGGCGUUCCAGGUUGUGAUUUAUUUUCAGACAGAGUUGACUCUCGCAAUCACCUUGUUCAUCUGCAUCGGUGUUUGUAUUCCUGGUGUGAGCAGUUUAUGCAGAGGUAGAUCUAUUCAGAGACAUUUUAAAUACAUUUAUGCAAGUUAAUAUUGCUUUGCUGAUGCUAUUUGCUUCUUCGAUGUUAAAUAAUGCUAUUGUAAAUAAAGAAUUCUGUUGUUAUUGCAUCAUUUAAUAAAUUUUAAUGCCUUCGGGUUUUACAUGGCU